AUGGCAUCACGGAAAACGUUAAAAGGGAAAGACAUUGUUAUUGUUGAAUGCUGCCGGGGAUGCCAGGGCUGCUCCCCGAAGUACGACUUCCGGCUCAAGAACGAUGAAAUAGUCACCGUGCUGUGUGGGGUGCCAGCCGUUGGAGUGAAAUACAAAGCGGUGUCCUAUCUCUGGGGCGAUGUUUCUGUCGGGGUGGAGCUGAAGUGUCGAAAAUGCCCUAAAACGAAGGUAGUACCUAUGCGAGACUCGAAGAAGCUCUUGGACAUCCUAGAGUUUGUCGGGGGAGGUUGCAAUGUGUGGCUGGACGCGUUGUCAGUCGAUCAAGAUGAUCCAAAAGAUAAAGCAGAGCAAAUCAUGGUUAUGGGAUACAUAUAUCGUCAAGCUGAAACCACAUCAGUGUUUCUUCCGCAAACCGAUCAAACGGCGUACGAGACUUUAAAAGAGCUCGCUUGUACGUCCGAUCACAUAUACCGCCUUCUAGGAGAUGUCACGACUGAUACCGUCGAGACAAGAAUGGCGACCAAUUCUGAGUUUGCGGAUGCUAUGGAAACACUGGUGCCCAAAUAUCUAGAUUCCUUAACGGCGUGGGAGACGUGUACUUCGAACUGGGUGUAUGGAAGUCGAGCGUGGACGUUUCAAGAGUGGACUCGCGCCGCGGAAAUUGAGAUUACAUAUGAAGGCAUAACCAACGAAUAUGGACUAAAAAAUAUCAAAAAUGUCGUCGUAAUCGCGUCUUCGAUCGUUGAGCAGUAUAGGAUGCAAAGACUCAGAGGUCAACCGUUGACAGAGCAGCUCCAAGCUCGAGAGGAGAACGGGCGAGUACGGAACCGAGUCUCGACGCUUUUUCCCUUUCGGAAUUUUCUCAUUGCCGAUGACGAGGAGAGUCCCGAUACUCAAAGAAAAUUAACUUGUCUUUCAUCCCUGCACUCAGUCGACAGCGGAACAUAUGUGCAUCUAGAAGAGCGAUCCAGCCGAGCAUCUGAACUCCGGUCAUUGCUUAUUCUUGCGUUGUCGUCUAUCGAUAUCUCAAAGCGAAACGCAAAGUACGAGGCUGAUCUCGUAGCCUGCUGGGCUUCUAUGUGUAAUAUUCCUUAUGAAUAUAAUCCCGACGACGCUUUUGUCCUUGCUCUCCAUAAAGUCAUUACAGCUUUGAGACAACGCGGGUUCAGGAUAUAUAAUUUCCAUGUUAACACCUAUGGUGACGAAACAGACUUAAAGUUCAUGGAUUAUGCAGCUGCCAUGUGGAUGCGAAAUGGAGUUGGAGAACCGUAUUUUUCAGGAUCACCAAUGCUUAUUGGAAGAGUUGAUACUAUAACGCACUUAGAGCAUUGCCUUGAUAGCCAUCAUGCACUUCAUGAUGCGGCACAAAAUCUGGUAUUGCAACCCUCCUUCGACAUCGAAGUGCGAAAGCUUGAGGGCUACGAGAUCGCUGCGCCUAUCAGAUUGGACGAUGUGUCUGCCUUUUUGGCACACUUCCGAGGUUUGGUUGCUGGUAAAGCGGAUGGAAAGCAAGUAUUAGAUGUGGUUGACAAAGUCAAAGAAUUGAUAAUAAAUGUCUCGACGGACACACCAGGCCGCCUUGCAGAUUACUUCUUAGUUCCAGUUUCUAUCACAGCAAGUGACUCGGGUUUGGAUCUGAACUUCUCUGCCUGGGGAAUCUAUCACUCUCGUCUUCCUCUGUCGGAUAUCUUCAUCGCUAGAGAAAGCCUAAAUGGAACAAUCAUCCUCGCUCAGCAUAUUUCGGAUAGCGAAGUCAAAAUAAUUUGCUAUAUGAAUAUGACGCAUCAAAGGUAUGGAACGUACCUUAUCAAAUGCGAUGAGGACGGUACCGUGGAUAUAAGUUUCCGCAAGGUUGAUCCCGAUAUGCCGCAGAUAGGCUCUGAAUGGGACUUAAGCUCUAUCCUUGCUGAUAUCCCUGGCUCACAGAUGUUCGACAUGCCAUCGUUGUUUGGCACCACUGGAGAUAGCUUCCAUCCAAGUUUAGGCUCCAUGGAAGUUUUAGACGUUCUACGAAAUGUGAAGGUCGAGCUCGGAAUGCAAAACUACAAUCUCACCAAAGGACACCCGGGUCGACAUUCCCAACACAGAUUUGUACAACAAUUCUGCGAAGAUUAA